CACGUCAAUCACUCUCACCAGAGGUCAGAAAAUAAUCUUCUGCUCAACUUGUAACGUUACGUAUCCACUUCCACAGCAUGACAACCAUCCUCAAGAAGACAAACAAGGACGUGAAGCAUGCUGAAAACUAGAGGCCUCUUGUGAGCCCAAGGUCACCAUGGAGACAGACGACGCACCUGCAGAGACCUGUACUGUAUCCGUCAAAGGUCUGACAGAGAACUGGCAGAAAUGGUCCAACGACCACUGCGACUAUCAGAAAAACAAUCCUUUCAGCAACGGCAAGGUGAUUCCCCCACAGAUCCAACGAGGACAGGAGGGCUACGGCAGGCCUUUAGAGGGGUCCAAAACGGAGGAGAGAGGAAAAGACGCCCACUCUCACAUCAGCAGAGAGGUCACAGAGCUCUGCCGGGUCAUAUUGGAGAGCAGAGAGAGCGGAGACGAUAGCAGGCCGGCUGUGCGGUUUGGGACGCUGUUUGAAAGAUACGUCACCAUUUCUAAUAAACUAGUGGGAGUUCUGCUGCGAGCACGCAAGCAAGGACUGGUGCACUUUGAAGGAGAAAUGUUGUGGCAGGGGAGAGAUGAUGGCGUGAUCAUCACCUUGUUAGAGUGAUUUACAGCAGUAAUGGACACCAUGUGCCUGCCUGCCUGCCUGUCUGUCCAACAUUGCUUUCUAGACAUCCAGUUUACUUGCACACAUGGGUUAGAAGUCAGUUUAAAUGUAGCAAACUGGUAUAAUCUGUUGGUGAAGAGUGUCAUUUCUGUUCCACCAAACAGAAUUGGAAAAAUAAUUAAUUUUAAUUAGGAUUUCAAAACAAUCUUGCAUGUCACUGUACAAUCAAAUUGCUAGUCCCGCCCAUCUCAUAACAUUGGUUAAGUCAAUUUUGCUGUGGAGGCUGCUAUAACCGGAGCAAUAAAGCUCAUUUUUCACAAGGUUCUCCUGGAAAAAAAAAACAUCUUAAACCAGCCUGAAAAUGUCUCCCAGACUGGUCUGUUUACUGGUUUUAGAGGUGUUUUGCACACUCUUCAGCUUGUCAAGUUGAGAGACCAGCUUAGAUUGCUUUAAAGAAAUAUUUCACCUAAACAUUUUAAUUCGCUGAACAUUUACUCACCCUUUAGGUCAUCCAAGAUGAAGAGGAGUUUGUUUUUUCACUGGAACCGAUUUAGAAAAAUGUAGCAUUGCAUCACUUGCUCAUUAAUGAAUCCUUUGCAGUGAAUGGGUGCCGUCGGAAUGAGCUUUUCAUUGAUAGACUAGAGACAUGUUGAUUACUCGUGGAUCAUUGUGAUAUUUUUAUCAGCUUUUUAGACUAUCAUUCUGACGGCACC